AGAAAAGGGAAGAAAGAUAUUUUGUUCCGCAAAUGAGAAACCCCUCGCUCUCCUGCGUUUAUUAUUCCUCUGGAAAUCUCCUCUACCACACAAUCUAACUCGAGAAAUCCAUCCAAUUCCAAACCCAGAGCAGCCAAAACAAAAUUUUACUAACACCAAUACCGACACAAACAACCAUUCCAAAUGCCAAAGGCUGGACCCGCCGCAGCAGAAGAUCAGCAGCAGACUACUCCCUUCCUGUCGCCGUAGUGACUCAUCACCAUUAGCACAACGCCACAGUACACAACAACCACCACCAUCUCCCAUCCUAAACCCCCACAAAGAGAACAAAUUCCUUACAGACAGUUCCUGAAAAUGGAGAGUAGAAACGGGUCGACUACUCCCAGGAGUUACCACCAUCGUAAUCAACAACAACAGAGAGAGGAAGGGAUGCUGUCUUGCUGGGGCCGUUUCAAGCUCAAUUUCUUCCCAUGGAGAAGAAGGCCGACUCUCGGCGGUAGUACUGCAGCCAACUCUCCCCCGAUCGGAAUUACUGCCGCCAGCUGCGGCAAUUUCUUCGGGGCUCUGUGGCGAAGCGGCUCCCGCUACAGACGGAGAUCGCCCACGACGGCGGCCGGCAGCGGGUUCCGGUACGACCCGAUUGAGUAUGCCCAGAAUUUCGAUGAUGGGAAUUGGGAGGAUGAUAGUGAGGCUGGUUUCAAUCGUGGGUUCUCGUCCAGAUUGGCUCCUUCUCCUUCCAAUUCUUCGUCGACUAGGCCCCUUCACGACAAGUGAAAAUGCUUUACUAGCUUCUAUUCCUUACCUUACUCUGGUUUUUUCCGCCCCCUUUUUCUUUUUAGAGAUUUUAUUUGGGUUUGUGCGCAACCUUUUCAUGUUAAAAGUUAUAGGCAGAGAGGUAUGUGAUUUGUGUUUGUAGCUUUUGUGGAUCUCGUCUACACAAUUUUUUGGUGCUCUGUUGGACUUUUGUCAAAAAUGUUACAUAUGGUGCGUGAUGAUACUGAUGAUUAUUAUAGAAUGUAAAUUUGGUUGUUUGUCUAGUCGACUCGAUAAGAGCUAUUCGUUGUACAGUUGAAUACAUAUUGAAGAUCUGC